GACAGAAUUUCAUGAACGUUUGAUAAAAUUGAAAGUUAAAGUAAAUAUAAUUUUAGCAUGGUGUUUUUAAUACAUAAAGAAAAUAGAAAACAUUUAAUACAUCACAACAUAAGAAUUUGAGACAUUAACACUUCAAAGAUGUCCCAACAAAAGCAACUCCAGUUACCCAAAGUGGGACUGCUGUCUCGUGGUGGUAGAUCUAUCAAGAUUACAAAUGUGAAAUCCAUCAAGCCACCAGAUCCUGAGCUGAUUAAGAAGCAAGAGGAAGAGAAAUUGAGGAUUGAGUUCCAAAAGGAAAUUGCAUCCCGAUACCGCACCUGUGGACAUCAGAAGUACGAAUGCCUUCUUCCAGUGUUGGUGGGUCGGUCAUUCUGCGCCCAGCAUAUAUUGGAUGAUUCCACAGCGCCGUUCCAGCAGUGCGCGCAUAUUAAUUCCCAGGGUAGGAGGUGCCCCGUACCAGCCCCAAAAGUGGAUUACAGCCUUUGCUUCGAACAUGCCCGCGCAGCCCUACUCAGACGUCAGAAGAGCACUGCGCCUCCGCCCCCUGUCACUACGACGGAGACCCUGUUGAACCAAUUGCAACAUUAUAUACGGCCAGAACGUACGCGUACAACAUCGUGCGCCUCCUCCGUGUCUGUGGUUAGCGAUCCAGCUGACAACGAAAUUACAUCGCAUUCUGUCGAUCCGUUUAAGGAAAUAGAUGCGACCGUGGUCAACUCAACCGUUUCGUCGUAUAUAAUGGAAUGCGCAAGCGCAAGUGAAAGCGAUUGUGAUAGUAUCGAGCUGAAUGAAGAUAUAACAGACCUGUUGUCUGAUACUGAGGACGCGCCGUGUGAAGAUCUGCCAUUAUGGCGCGCGGGCGUGUUCACAGUUGAGGAAGCGGUCUCGGAGACGAAGAACGUUUUGAAAUUGUUAAAAGAAGCGUACCUUGGGCAAAUGGGGAAAUUGAGGAUUUCCCUACAAAUGGGUAGACUCCAGUAUUUGAGAAGCUUAAAGGCCGAAAAGGAAUUGUAUUGCAGUAUAAGCACCCAAUCGAAAAGUGGUCCGCAGACAGUACGAGAGAGGUGGCAAAUGAGAAAGCUGAAGGCGUACGCCAGUUAUCACAAGAAGUAUCGAGCGGAAGCCAUUUUGGCGAAGAAACUUCAGAAGAAACGUGCUAAGGUGAACGAGAUCAAGAAUCGGGGUAAUCCACAACAAGGCAGGUGUUCGUUUACAGAGGGCGGGGUUCGAUGCUCGAUGCAUACACUCCCCGCGACCAAACACUGCCUCAAGCACAUACUGUCCGACCGGCAGCAGGUGCUGUUCAAGCAAUGCAACGACCAGCGAGGUGGCGUGGCCUGCAGGGAGCCCAUCGCCAAGUUGCCUCUGGCCUCGACUGUCUGCAGAUACCACACGGGACCUCCCGUGUAUGCAACAUUUACGUUGAAGAAAGACGAAACGGACUCCGAUGCCGGGUCCCACUCAUCAUCAGAUACCGAUGAUGAAAUACCGUCUCCGAGGAAGUUGGUUCCGGUCGUGGCCGGCCUGGUCGAUGACAUGGGCGGGUACGAAUGACAUCUGGUCUAUCCAUAUGACAUAUGGAGAAGGAGAAUAUUAAAGACUCCGAGUUCUUCAAGUGACACAGAAAUUAGUGUAUAAUUGGCAGAAAUUGCUAAAAUUCACAAAUAAGCCUUAAUGACUUAGCUAGCGUUAAAUAGUGUUUAUGGGUCAUUUUAAGUUAAGAGGUAAUAUGUUUUAUGAAGUUUUAGUGACUGCAUGGUUUUUUAUUUAUUAAUUUUGAUAUUUUAACUAAACAUUUUAAGCUGAAUACGUUUACAAAGUGGCCAGUCAAUUUAUUUUAUCUCGCUUUAUAAGUGACCAGGGUAGAGACAAAAUGUAUUAAAAACAACUUUAUUUUUAUUAUGAAUUAUUUAUAAUCAGACUUAUCAUUUCUAAGCAGUCUUUGUUUAUAUAAUUAAAUUUUAAAUUCACAAACGUACAAAACAUAAUAAGAUUCUUACUUUUUCUAUCCAUCAAAACAAAAAUAUCUAUAACUUUAUAAUCAAUAGUUAAUGAAGAAAUAUAAAGAGCAAAAAUUUCUCUCAGUAACAGUAUUAAGUUUUUCUUGUAAUUAAUUAGUAAUUUAACUCUAACAUUUUAAUUAAAAUGUAACUUAAAAAAUAUUUUCUAAAACCCGUGAUUAAUGAUAAAAUCAAUAGAUUUAUUAGCAUUAAAAAAAUACGCUGCCUAAUUUUUAAGUUGCCUUUUUUUUAAAUUGGGUAGUUUUUAAAAACGCAAGCAAAUGUAUCUCCACACAACACAUUAAUUAUUAAAGUAUUUCCCGUACGCAAUUCACAAUCAAAUGUAUGAACUAUUCAAAGUUAAUAUUUAAGUCUAUAUUAAGUAUUUUAAUAUUUUUUUUUUUAAUAAAUUUAUGUGAACAUUCAUUGUUCACAUAAAUUUUGAUAGCAUUUAGUUUUAAAUAAUAAAUAGGUUAAUUAGGAAGUUUGUAUAACCAAUAAUUAAGAGAUCCUAUGUACCAAAAUAAACAUAAAAAAAGUAUUUUUUGUCCUGGCCAUGAAAAGUACUUCUUAACUUAUUAUGACCCAUAUAUUCAAUCAAGUCGCUAAUUAGUUUAACGAGUUUCCUAAACGUUCCUAGGCAACAAGAAUAACCUAACCUAACCAUAGACAAUAAAACAAAAGACGGAAUUUCCAAACUCUCAGCUCUCCACGAUAAGACCGAAAUAAUGAUGGUGGAGUCGACACCAAAGAAAACUCGAAAAGAAAUCAGCUGUUGUCGUGACCGCCAUCUUGUUUUACAUUAUUAAUCAUCACGCUGGCUCUAGGUCAGACAGAUAGUUAAACGUUUUCUACACUGCUUUAUUUAAAUCAAAAUGCUAGCGACUUGAUUGAAUAUGGAUUUUUAAUGAACUGUCUAGAUUCAAUGAACUCUCUAAUUUUACAACUUUACUUCGACAUAUCCCCUAAAGUAAGUUAAAAUACAUUUUAAUGAAAUACAUUUUAUUCCAUAAGUUAUUCAUUUGGCAUCGUUAAACAUGACUCAAAACUAGUCUCAAGACCAGUUUUAUGAACGCUUAAGCCUUAGUGUAUAAGUGGCCUUAAAAAGAGCUAUAAGUGUUAAUUAGUUGAAGCAAUGAACUUUUACGUCGAUUUUUGACGAGGUUCAGAUAAUUUUCAAGCAACGGGCUUAUCGCUAAUAAGCGAUCUCUUUAGGCAACCCUAGUAAGGAAAUGGCAAGCAAUAAUAUGGCAAUAAAGCUCAGUUGAAUUUGGACCAGCGACUACAGUGUUGGUUGGUGGUACAGAAGGGAAAAGGAAAGAAGGUAUUGGGUACAACCUAUUUUACAUACAUCAUGGAAAUUUCCAUUUUAUUGCCAUGAAGUUUAUGUAUAAUGCUUUUUAUCACCUAAAAUCCUCAGCUGAACCGAUGCCCAUGAUGAGCUCCGGGCCUAAUGUUUUAUAUGAAUUGUACUAUUUGCCUUUUAUAACUUAUGAUGAACUCUAUGUAGUGAAUAGAUAUAUAUUAGAGAUAAUAUACAAUUUUACUUAAGCUUGAAUUUAAUUUUUAAGUAUAUUAACUUAAAUAUAAUUGAAUAUUUAGAUUCCCUUGACAAUCUGGUCUGUUUGCCACCAUACAUUUCUGGGCACCGGGUCCACAUUUCUUCAUCACCUUACCUUUGUGUCUACCAGUUCAUUAAUGACAUGCUCCAUUUUGGUUGAUGUUCCACAGCCCACUUCCAUUUGUGUUUUUUUAAAUUUUAGUAAUAUUUGAAACAAAUUUAAAUACGGGUACAUAAUUUAUACAGAGGGUUCAAAUUUUUUUUAUAGAUCUUUUUUGAUCCAUCAUAUAUAAUGUACUUACAAUAGCAUCGAGCCGUUAAGUCACAGGUGUGAAGCACCAUAAACUCAGGACUGUCAAAGAGGCGAUCAAGGCCAGAAUGACAUACAAAUGGCUAGAAAUGCCCAAAAAGCUUGCUAAGCAACUAACCAUAAGUCCUGAUAGAUACGGUUGACAGAGAAGAGCAGUCUCGAAGGAGAUUUUGCUCUAAACGCCUAACAGCGCUCAACAUAUCUGCUCAUAGUCUUUUUUUUUAUAGAACAGGGGGCAAACGGGCA